AUGGCGGCGGCGGAGGAGCUGGACCUAGAGGUGGAUAUCGAAGGGGACCCGGUGGCUGAGCCUGGAGAGGCAGCGUCAGGAGAUCAUGAAAACACAGCUUCAAGCUUGCUUCAGGAUCACUAUCUUGAUUCUUCUUGGAGAACUGAUAAUAGUCUCCCAUGGACACUGGACAGCAGCAUUAGUGAAGAAAACAGGGCUGUGAUUGAGAAAAUGUUGCUGGAAGAAGAAUAUUAUUUAUCUAAUAAAUCACUCUCUGAAAAAAUAUGGCUCAAUCAGAAGGAAGCAGAGAAAAGAUCUCUGAAAAGCCCGCAUAAGAAAGCUGGGAAAGUCAUGAUGCGAUCACCUACAAAGCCAGCUAGCUACUCAUUGAAGUGGACUUCAGAAGAAAAGGAACUGUUUGAACAGGGACUUGUGAAGUUUGGCCGCCGGUGGACAAAAAUUGCCAAGCUGAUUGGAAGCCGUACAGUUCUACAAGUCAAGAGCUACGCUCGGCAGUAUUUUAAGAACAAGGCAAAAAAUGGUGCUUCUGAGAAAGAAGAGCAAAGUCAGUGUGGGAGCACUCUUCCUGUUGAAGAUGGAAUUAAGGUAGAAGAGUGGUCGUCUGGGAACUUGAGAGGCCGUGCAGACCCCAAUCUGAAUGCAGUGAAAAUAGAAAAGCUGUCAGAUGAUGAAGAAGUAGACAUAACUGAUGACAUGGAUGAACUACUUUCUCCUGCCUCCCACCAGGAAACUGGGAAAUCUGAAUUAUCUGUUCCCUCAGAAAGGCCAGUUGAAGAAUCGAGAGGAACGGAACACAGUUUGUCAUCUGCUGGACACAGUUCUGCAGUUUCGUUGCCUAAAGAAGAUCGUACACACACCAAGCAAGAUCCAGUGGAUGCGUUAGUAUUUCCAGCAGUUGCAGCAACAUGUGCUCAGCACCUGAAUGGUGAUAAAUCUGUGAACUUAGAUUACCAACAAUACAAUAAUUGUACUGAGAAGGCUGAACAAGGCAGACUGGUAACAUCUCCUGGUACUGCACAAGUAACUGAUCAGGAGCAUAAUGUCGAACAGAGAGAUCCAGCUGAUAAUGGAUUGUUUUUUCUUUCUGCCUGCCAAGCAGACGAAGAUCAUCAAGAAGAAGCAGAUGAGCUUAAGCCUCCUGAUCAAGAAGUGGAGGUUGACAGAAAUGUCAUUCUAGAAGAAGAAAAACAAGCUAUUCCUGAAUUUUUUGAAGGGCGUCAGGCCAAAACUCCAGAGCGCUAUCUGAAAAUCAGGAACUAUAUUUUGGAUCAGUGGGAGAGAUGUAAACCCAAGUACCUGAAUAAGACUUCAGUACGUCCAGGCCUUAAGAAUUGUGGUGACGUUAACUGCAUCGGGCGCAUCCACACGUACUUGGAAUUGAUAGGAGCAAUUAACUUUGGCUGUGAACAGGCUGUCUAUAACCGCCCCCAGCCAGCUGACAAGGCACGGUCCAAGGAAGGCAGAGACACAGUGGAAGCUUACCAGCUUGCUCAGCGCCUGCAGUCCAUGCGUACAAGACGACGGCGAGUGCGAGACCCUUGGGGAAACUGGUGUGAUGCAAAGGAUUUGGAAGGACAGACUUUUGAGCACCUAUCUGCUGAAGAAUUGGCAAGAAGAAGAGAGGAAGAAAAACUGAAACCUGCAAAAUCUUCUAAAGGUUCAAGACAGAUUAAAAGUUCCUUUGAUCCCUUUCAGCUGAUACCCUGCUCUGUGUUCACUGAAGAGAAGCAGGAACCUUUCCAGGUGAAAGUGUCUUCUGAAGCACUUUUAAUAAUGGAUUUGCACUCUCAUGUGUCUAUGGCAGAAGUAAUAGGGCUGCUAGGUGGAAGAUAUUCUGAAGCUGAUAAAAUUGUAGAAGUGUGUGCAGCAGAGCCAUGCAACAGCCUCAGUACAGGACUGCAGUGUGAGAUGGACCCGGUGUCCCAGACGCAGGCCUCGGAAGCGCUGGCUGCCAGAGGCUUCAGUGUUAUUGGCUGGUACCACUCCCACCCAGCCUUUGACCCUAACCCCUCCAUACGAGAUAUUGACACCCAGGCUAAAUACCAGAGUUAUUUCUCCAGAGGUGGUGCCAUGUUCAUUGGAAUGAUUAUAAGUCCUUACAACCGUAACAAUCCCCUUCCAUAUUCGGAGAUGACGUGUCUUGUAAUUAGUGAUGAGAUCAGCUCGGAUGGCUCCUACCGCCUGCCCUACAAAUUUGAAGUGCAGCAGAUGUUGGAGGAACCCCAGUGGGAACUAAUAUUUGAAAAAACGCGGUGGAUCAUUGAAAAAUACAGAUUCUGCCACAGCAGUGUCCCCAUGGAUAAAAUUUUUCAUAGAGAUUCUGACCUGACUUGUUUGCAGAAACUUUUGGAGUGCAUGAGGAAGACCUUGGGCAAAGUAACAAACUGCUUCAUUGCUGAAGAGUUCUUGACUCAGAUAGAAAACUUAUUCCUGUCCACAUACAAGAGUGAGAAAAAGAAUGAUGUGGGAGAAAAUGAGAAUGACUGUUCAAAGGAACUGCCAAUGUGAUGGCUCUAACAAAACAAAGUGUUGGAAUCUGGAGGUUGUUGUUUCAUUUUUCUUCCCCUCCUCCCCAUUAUACCAACUCUUU